GACGGUUCAUUCUGUCUGUGCUGGAUUAAAGUCUUACAUUUUCAGAAGAUGAUUUUUGUCUUUUUGUUGCUCUCCCAUGUGAUUGUACAGAUUUCUUCACUUGGGUUGAUAGAGCAGCCUCCACUGCAGUGCUCUCAGGAAGGCUUAUCCUGCAGUGUCCAAGUAAGCAGGCCAAACUGUUCAGGACGGGACUUGGUGAAGCCGAGAUCCGAGGCUCCAAAUCCGCACCCCGAUGUAGAACACCAGGUGAAAAUCAAAGCAGAUGAGAGGAAUCAAACCUUUCCUGUGUUGAUUCUUACCCUGACACAGCCUUCUGAUGCAAACAUAUUCAGUCUGCAGGGGAUGAAGGUCCAUGUGCAUGAAUUCACCACAAAUAACAGUCUGUGUGUUAGAUAUAGCUUCAAUAACAACUUUUCCUGGGUCCAGCGGCCAGACUUUGAGCCGUGGUCUUUUGUACUGGAUCAAAUUGUCGUUGAUCCAGGAUUGACAUAUCAGGUUUCUGUGUCUAAUUUACCGAAGCCAGAUGUGGGGGGACAUGCAAAACUGCACAGUAUAACAGUUCCAGGUUGUGAACUUCGUAAAUUCCGAAGCCUCCGUGUAUGCUUGGAGAACGGCAGCCUCUGGGAUCCCAACAUGACCUGGUCAGUGAGAGAUGACGGGAGAAACGGGGUCACGAUUGGAGUGAUAUUUAAUACAGCACAGUUCUCAGACAUGUAUGAAGUAUACAUUCAUUCUGCUGGUUUCCACAACGAGCUUUCACACGCAGUCUCAAAGGACAAUCGUACUUCAAUCAGCGUCAGCUUCUCUCUGAACCCUUGGCAGAUAAAACGCUGUGAGAUCUUCUUAGGGAUUAAACCAUUCUUUAUACGAUGCAUGCAGACGUGUUCACAUCACCAACAAAAGGUUAACGUUUGCUCCUAUUAUACCAUUCCUUCACCCAAGAAGCUGCGCAUGGUUUGGACACUUUUAGGCCAAGCAGCACUGUUAUUCUGUGCUGUCAUUGCUGUUUUGCUGUACAACAGAAUUACAGCCAUUCAUAAAGAUCCAUCGUCCUCUUCUCCUAACACCAUGGACAAGAGUGACCUGGAAACCGUUUCAGUGCAAGAGCGCAGUAAAGUCCUGAUCAUCUACUCUCAGGACCACCCCAUGUAUACAGAGAUCGUCCUGAAGCUGUGUGCUUUCCUCAGGGCCAAAUGUGCGACUGAAGUCACACUCGACCUGCUGGACUCCACAUGCCUCAGCACUGUAGGUAGCAUCCAGUGGCUGGACAUGCAGAGGAAGAGACUAACCAGGACUACUGAUAAAAUACUCAUCCUUUGUUCUCCGGGGGUGUGUGCCAAAUGGGAUGCCAUGUGUGCAGGGCACAGGGUGAUGACCCGGGAGGACGCCCGUUCACCCAUGGGGGAUAUGCUGACCCCCGCUCUCAGCCUCAUCAUACCGGAAUUUGUGUGUGCUCCAUCUUUUGGCAAGUAUGCUGUAGCGUAUUUCGAUGACAUGUUCAGUGAGAAGGAUGUGCCUACUCUGUUUCAUGUGACUGUAAAAUACCAGCUGAUGAAGCAGUUUGAAGAGCUUUUCUUCAGACUCCUGAACGAGGAGAAGUACGAACCUGGAAGGAUUAAACACGUUGACGGCCUUGGAAGAGACGACUACUACAAUUGUCCAUCUGGCAAAGCCUUAAGAGAUGCCAUUAGGGCAUUUCAGGCAUACCAACUAACAAACCCAAACUGGUUUGAAAUGGAGCUUGUGGAUGUAGAUGAAGAAGUUGAGUAGAAUGACCUUGAGCAGGAACACGGUACUGAAAACAGCUGAAAUCUAAGCUCAUGUAUUCACUAACAAUAUCAAAAGUUAAAUGCCAGGGGCAAAGCAGCUUUUCAUAUCUGAAACUGUAUAGUCAACUUGAAUAGUCAGAUCUAUCACACAUAAAAUGAAGAGAAAAGAAAAACAGAUAAAACAACAGUGCUGGGACAGCCUUUUGUAUUAACAGGAUAUGAAUCACUAAAGGUUAUAGACAGUUAGACGGUUACUUUACUGAUCCUCACAGGGAUCUUUGGGGAAAUUAUGCAAAUAGUGGAUUAUAAUCAGUGAUGGAACAAAUGAUCCGUUUCAGAUUCAGAUUUUUUACACAAUGUACAAAAUAAACUUACUUUGACUUGAUGAAUUUAAUAAAUAAAUGUUUAAUAUUAAUAAUAUUAUAUUGUUAAUAUUUUCCAUGAUGGAUGAACAUUUUAGUGGCUAAUAAUAAUCGUACUAGGAUAAAACAUCAUAUUGGUGUCAUGAAAAUAUACAUUCAAAUGUAAAGAUUGUUAAAUAUAAAUACAAUUGGAAAUAGUACUUUUUGUGAUGAUUAUUGGAAAUGUUUUCAGUGUUAAGUAAUCGUAAAAUCGUAAAAAAGUCGGAAAAUAUUGGAAUAUUUAGGCAUAUAUAU